AUGCUGCGUCCGAUCCGCGUCCUGCUGCUGCUGCACCUGGUCCUGCUGGUUCCGGACUGUCCUGCGGGGCCCACCCUGGUCCGGAAGAAGGCCACCAGGACCUGUUCGGACCUGCCGGAGGAAGUUUUGGAGCAGAUGUUCGGGCGGCUCUCUGUGGGGGUGAUGAGCGCGUUUCACCACGCGCUGCAGCUGGAGCCCCGGGUCCAACUGAACCAGAGCUGUCCGAACCGAGCCCCGAGCCGGAGCCACAGCCUCCCGGCCAACCUGCUCAGCAUCUCCCCCUGGACCUACAGGAUCUCGUACGACCCCAACCGAUACCCCCGCUCCAUCCCGGAGGCCUACUGCCUGUGCAAGGGCUGCCUGCUCGGCCCGUCCAGGGAGGAGAGCGAGCAGCACCGCAGCACCCCAGUCUAUGCUCCCUCUGUGGUCCUGAAGAGGACCGGGUCCUGCGUCGGAGGACGACACUCCUACACCGAGAUCUACGUCUCCGUGGCUGUGGGGUGCACCUGCACGCCCGUGAUGGAGAAGGAACGAGGCGGGCAGGAGAGCAAGCAGAGCCUGGAGGGGCCACAGCCAGACAGCUGAACUCUGCAGGCAGGAAACAUGAA